AUCAACGGGAACCAAACAGACUGCAUGCCCCCGAGAAAAGACUCGGCUUGCUUAGCAUGUAUCUCAUCUUUCCAUUCCUCUCCUUCUCGUGCGUGCGAAUUCGCGCGUGGCGUUGGGCGGUGACCAACCUUUUCGCUCGUCUUUGCCCCUUGCUAUCACCAAUCAAUCAAUGGAUUGAUUUAUCGUCAAUACGAUCAUAUGAUACUACCAUCUCCAAGUUUUUCCGGCGAAUGAAAAGCUCCGAUCCCUGCUUUGUAGCUACGUCCCUUCCUCAAUUGCACUCUCUUUUAGUCGUCGUAUUGUCGUGCUGAAUCAGGAAGAGAUAGUUGCCUCCGUAAAUACAUCCCGAUCAUAUUUGUUUGUGUGGGAAGUAUCCAGCAAACUGUAAGGCGUCAAAUCGCCAGUGAGAUUGAGAAAAAGUACUACUGAUAUGUCAAUGGAACCCCCGCCAUUCCAGGAAGCAUUGUACUGUGACGUCUGCAGAUGCAGUUUCAAUACCUUCAGGCGACGGCAUCAUUGUCGAUGUUGUGGUCGGACUUUAUGUGCUGAACAUUCAUCAAAUCAAAUGGCCUUACCACAAUUCGGUAUUCACUCGUGUGUCAGAGUUUGCUCUGACUGUUUUAAUGAUGCUUCUGGAUUGAGGAAAGAUGAUGCACCAGCUUCUUUGGAUGGAGUUAAUCUUGUUACAGAUACAGUUUCAAGAUUAGACGUUAGUGCAGUUCCAGAUUCCAAUCCCAAACCAACUGCUGAGCAAAUUCCCAUUUUAGGUAUUGUAGAGUGCAAGUGUGGAAUGCCUUUAUGCAUUUGUGAAGCUCCAGUUCCAUUCAGGGAUGCAGUAACCUUGCCGAACAAAAGUACAACAACUUCUACAGCUCAGUCAAACCCAAAACCGAAGAAGACAGACACGUCUCUGAAGAAUAGAGGUUCCACGUCGAACAACAAGCAGUUUACGACUUUCAAUCUUGGUCAGGUGACCACGAGUAGUUUGGAAAAAUCUCAAAUGGAUUAUGAAGUUAAUGGAGAGGGUUUAAGAGAGGCAAUAAAGAAUGGUGACACUUUAGCUGUCAAGGAGCUUCUGAGUAAAGGUGUGGAUGCAAAUUACUGUGACAAACAAGGAUUGUCGUUGUUACAUCUGGCAGCACUUUUUAAUCGAACUGAUAUAGCUUUUGCUCUUAUGGAAUAUGGAGCUAGCUUGGAUCACAGGAAUUUACAGGGGGAAACACCACUGGAUUGUGCUCCUGCUACAUUGCAAAACAAGAUGCGAAAGAAGAUGGAAGAGAGUGAGCACUUGAGCCCACACCACAUCAUCUGAAUGCUAAACUAUUCCAACUUGUUUGCUUCCUUGAAAAAUGGCGAAUUUGAAUCCUACUUUUUUAGAGUUUUGUAAUAAAUUGACAUCCUCGUAUUUGGGCAAAUCAUGGAGAAUGUGGGAAGAUUCUCUAGCCAAGGCAUUUAAAAUCUCACCUGUCACAAUUGAUAAAGUCUAUUACAGAAUUACCUGUUCAUCUAACAUUGUAAAGAACAGGUGUGAGUGUAUGUUUGUGUCAUUUUCUUUGGUCCCAUAUUGUUGUGUUGUCAUACUAUAUGAGACGGUGGAUUGUGAUCUGGCUGCAUACCCAAAAUGGGGUUAUGGUCAGCUGGCUAUGGACGGAUAAAAAUUUGGGUGGUGCCGGAUUGCUUUUUUUUUUUGAUUCAUGGAUUGCUUUUAACA